GAUUGCCAUGACUGAGAAUCCUAGCCGGUGAGGAUGAGUCUCAACACACAGAGAAGAAGCCGAGCUUCUUUUGGGGCAACAGCACCACCAUUUAUCGACUACCUGAAGGAUAUUCUACGUAGAUAUCCGGAUGGUGGACAGAUUUUGAAGGAGCUGAUCCAAAAUGCAGAUGAUGCUCAAGCCACAGAAGUUAUUUUCAUCCAUGAUGAGAGAAGUUAUGGGACUGACAGCCUCUGCACUGGUGAAUUGGGAAAAUACCAAGGUCCUGCUCUCUAUGCCUACAACAAUGCUGUGUUCACUGAUGAUGACUGGACAGGCAUUCAGGCUACAGGACGAAGCGUCAAGCGCAAUGACCCAAACCAAGUUGGGAGGUUUGGGCUGGGCUUCAACUCUGUUUACCACAUAACAGAUUUGCCAUGUAUAUUCAGUUCAGGGCAUCUUGGCCUGCUUGACCCCCAAGAAAAACUAUUUGGAAAAGGACAUGGAGGCUAUCAGUGGUCUUUGGCUGAUGGAGAUGACAAGGAAACUUUGAUGACCAUGCGCGAUCAAUUCCAACCCUUUCAAAACAUAGUUUCACUUGUGGGCAAGCAGAAAUGGUCAAAAAUCAUCCAGGAGGACCAGCACUUUGAUGGGACACUUUUCAGAUUUCCCUUGCGCAAAGAGGCAUCAGACAUUUCAGAAAAUUUGUAUGACUCUGAUAGAGUUGUUCAGCUUUUUAACAGCUUUAUUGCAGAUGCAGACUUGAGCCUACUGUUCCUGAAAUAUGUGGCCUCUGUAUCUUUGAUACAUAUCAAAACAGACAACUCUGUCAACAUCAGACUUGAAGUGUCAUGUUCACGCUCCACAGAUGUUUUGGUGUCAGAAGAUGAGUCAGUCAUCAAGGGCUCAACAAGCUUCAGAUUCAUAACUCUCACUUCAGAAGGUCACAAAGAAACAAAGAAGUUCCUCGUGACAACAUGUUGCAUGAAAGAGGGCAAUACAGCAGAACUGGAUUCACUUGCAAAGAAGUUAAGCUUUCUUCCUCAAGUUGACUUGGCAUUCCCUUGUGGUCAGAAGAGAGACUGUCAUGACAGUAGAUUAAGCUGUUUUCUUCCCCUCCCAAACAAUGAAUCCAACAAGACUGGACUCCCAGUUCAUGUUAAUGCAUGUUUUGGACUCACAGACAACAGAAGAUACAUUAAAUGGCAGGAGGAAGACCAAAAAUAUGAUGAAGCUGCCAUGUGGAAUGAAUUGCUUAUUAAAAAGGUGCUCCCACAGGCAUAUCUCAAGAUUUUUCAAGAUGCCAUCAAGCUAUCAAAAGACUCCACACUCCCUGUCUCCGUAGUGUGUGAUCUUUGGCCAUAUAUUACCCAGAUGCAACACAAAGACAAAUGGCAUGCAGUUGUUUUGGAUGUUGUUCAUCACAUAUUUAGACAAAAUAUUGCUUUCCUUUCUCUUCCCACUGAUGAAAGAAGUUUUGUCUGUCCAUCAGAAGCUGUGUUCCCCUCUAAAGAUUCUACAAGCCCUGAAGUAUUGGCUGCCAUAAAAAAGACAUUGGUUUCCUGUGGAGAAAACCUUGUGACAUUACCAGAUCACAUUGCAGAAGCCAUAAAGGAGGCAUAUCCACACCCAAACACCCUUAGACAUGUGACUCCAACUUUUGUCAGGGAAGUUCUUCGUAGAAUUGAUUUGCAGAGCAUUUCUAAAGAGGACAAACUCUCCCUUUUGGAGUACAUUUUGAGUGAUGGAAAAUACAGAGAACUCCAAGGUCUUCAGCUGCUUCCACUCAGUGAUGGCUCUUUCAGGUCAUUCACAGAUCAAGAGAAGGACAUUGCUUUCAUUGAUAGCAGUGCUUUUCCAAGAGUCCUGCUGCCGAGAUGCAAAAACCUCUUCAUUCCAGAUAACCUCACCGCACCCUGCAAUACCCACCUGAAAGAACUGGCCACAAAAAAUAUAUUCAAGGUCUUCAACAUUAAUGCAGACCAGGUGGCUGAAUAUGCAAGGAGGUAUGUGCCAGUGGGUUGGGAUCACACAAACAUGAGGCAUGUCACCUGGGAGAUUGGCAGUCUCCAGCAUCCACCCAAAGAGUGGCUCCAGAAAUUCUGGAAUUUUCUCAACACCCACUUCAGAGAGCUAAAUCGUUUCAGUGGCAUGCCGUUAAUACCCAUCAAACCCAUAGACAAUGGCAAUCAUCCUGUAUUACUUGCAAGACUACAACAGAACCCGGCACUCAUUUUUCAAAAAAGCAAACAGACAAGUUUACCAGAGCAAAUUGCUCAGUUGGUGAACAGAGUUGGUGGCACAGUGGUGACAGGAGAGGAGUGGCUUAAACAUGAAGACCUAGACUCAUAUGUACUGUUCCCAUCACCAAGGAGUGUCAUCAAAGUGUUUGGGAAUCUUGAUUCUCAGGAAGUGAUCAGAGGAAUCAAGACUGCAUCUCAGAGGGAACGGGAAGAGCUUAAAGCUUAUCUGUCUAGUCUGGAUUGUCUCUCAGUCAGUGAGCAAAAUGUACUCUUAAAGUUACCUCUGUUCCAGACCAUGAAAGGUUUGUGGGUUGAGGCACAAUCAAAACAGGCUGUACUGAUCAAUUCCGGUCUAACAAUACCAGCAGAACUCCCUAUGCCUGAUUCAGUUGUGCAGUGUGUCACUGAGGCUGAUCGCAGACUGUUAAAAAUGCUCAACAUUAUGCUGUUGGAUACAGCUCAAGCAGCCAAUCUACUAAUUGAUCGUAUUGAGAGGGGAGAUUUAGGGAAAGGAGACACAGAGAAAAUCAUGAGGUGGAUUUUACUGCAUGGCAAUAUCCUUUUCUCUCAAAAUAAGACCUUGAAAAACAGAUGUAAGGACUUGAAUUUUAUUGCAGUAAAUGGACACCUGAAAAAGACAUCAUGCUUCUUUGAUCCAACAAUUGAAACCUUCAGAGUCCUUUUGGAGUCAGAUUGUUUCCCCCCACCUAUAUACACUCAGACAUCACAGAUGUUUGAGAGCCUAACAGAUCUUGGGUUGCUAAAUAAAGAGAGGGAUUUAUCAUCAAGCCAUUUACUGGAUGCUGCCAGAAAGAUUGAAAAAUUGCACGUUCACUCUCAAAAAGAUGCUGUCAGACUGUCUCAAGUGCUUUUAAGACUGCUGGAUGAUGAUCAUUUGCUGUCUAAAUUCUCUAAACAGCAGUUUGACUGCCUGUUAAUGCUGAAAUGGUUCCCAUGUGUCAAACCUGAUGAAGGGAAAAAACAACUCAAGGUAAAAUCUCAGAGCCAGUGUUUCUUCUGCCCUCACGAAAUAAGGCACUCUGUGUAUGAGGACAUUGUUGGCCAUGUAAUGCCUCUAGUGGGAGACCUCAGUGAGAGAGUUAGCAACAAACUUGGUCUCAAUCGCUUGCCUCCUCCUGAAAAAGUGGCGGACAAUUUGUCAGUCUUGACAUCAGUGGCAGAGACAAUGGAUGAUCCUGAUACAAAUGUGGAUUUCAAAAGGAAGUUGCAUAGAAUCUAUAAACACAUGCAAGAUCACAGUUUUGAUUUUACAACUGUGUUGAGCAAAGACACACGAUGGCUGUGGAACCACAGUCAUUUUGUUUCACCUCACAAUCUAGUUCUAGAUUACCCGCUUAAUCUAGAUUUGAGCUCUUACAUUGGGAAGGUACCACAAGAAUUUCUACCCUACAAGAAGUUGCUCAGGGAGUUUGGAGUGAGGGUAGUGCUUUCAGAUGAAGAAAUAGUUGGCAUCCUUCACUGUAUCAAGCAAACUAUUGAAGGAAGAAAACAUCCACUUGCAAGUUCCUCUGAGGUUAAGGUGUCCAUAGAAAUCCUUAAUUGGAUUUGGCGAGAGAAGAAGAGGAUUAGGGAUGAUAUCCCUGUGCCUGUCAUGACAGAGAAUGGACAAUGUACCCUUAAACCACUGUCAACAACAGUGUUUUGUGAUAUAAGUAAGAAUAGUUUGGAAGAGCUCAAACAUAAUCAGGAGAAAAUUCAAGUCAUCCAUGAGGAAAUACCGAAAGCAACUGCUGAGUGGCUGAACAUCCCGUUGCUCAGCACCCACAUACUCAGUCCAGAGUUAAUAGGAAUUGAACAGUGUGGACAGUCUGAACCAAUAACAAUGAGGAUUAAAAACAUUCUAAAGGAGUAUGAUGAGGAAAAUGACAUCUUCAAAGAGAUCAUCCAGAAUGCUGAGGAUGCUAGGGCAGAAGCCUGCAGAUUCUUGGUGGAUUUCAGAGUGCAUAAUUACCAACCUGAAAGUCUAAUUGAUCCUGGCAUGGCUGUUUGUCAGGGACCUUGUCUGUGGGCAUUCAACAAUGAACAAUUCUCAGAGAAUGAUUGGAAAAAUAUUGUCAGAGUAGGUUCUGCCUCAAAAGAAAACAAGGUGGAAAAAAUUGGAAAAUUUGGACUUGGAUUCAACACUGUUUAUCAUGUGACAGAUGUUCCCUCCAUCCUCAGUGGCAACAGUCUCCUCAUACUUGAUCCAAAUGUAACCCACCUGAAGAAGCACAUCAAAGCCAAAUCAAAUCCUGGCAUUAAGCUGGAUCUCUCCCAGCAGCAACCUUUUCAUUAUUUUCCUGGUCAGUUUGGACCAUAUGAGCACAUUUUCAAUUGUAAUUUCACCAGGCAAAGUCCUCCUAAACCUUAUGCUGGCACUCUGAUCAAACUACCUUUCCGAACACAAGAAGAGGCUCUCAAGUCAGAAAUCAGCUCAAAAGUGUAUGACAAAUCCAGUAUAAUCACUUUGCAACAGCACUUAACUAAAGAGUCACAAACUCACCUGCUCUUUCUGAAGAACAUCAAAACAGUAUCUCUACAAAAUGUCACAGCCGAUGCUUCAGCUCCUCCAAGAGAUGACCAAAUGAAAACUGUCUUCACUGCCUCAAAAACAACUGAGAGUACAAUGAAAAUUCCAGAUGAAAACUGUAUUGUAAAGCAAUGUCAAGCUGAGAAAACACUGAUGAAUAUUGAUGAAACAUGCAAAGAGGUCAUUGACUGCCGCACAGCCAGCAUUGUCCAAAUAACCAACCAACAAUGUAAUGGAUCUCAUGUCCAGUUCUGGCUCCUCUACAGUUGCUUUGGAACACAGCAGUCCUUACAAAUGGCCCUUAAAGAAAAUAAGCAAGCCAAAAUGUCUUUGCCUAUUGCGGGCAUUGCUGUACCUUUGCAACAUCAUCCAAACACCAAAAAAUGGGUAACAUCACAAACAGAACUUGUUGGCCAGGCAUUUUGCUUCCUUCCACUUUCCAUUCACACAGGUCUCCCAGUCAAUAUAAAUGGAACAUUUGCUGUGACAAGUAAUCGAAAAGGUCUGUGGGAGAGUGGAUUGAAACAUGACUGGAAUAAAGCUCUUCUCCAGGAUCCUGCAGUGAAAGCAUAUAUUACUGUGCUCUUGACAUUAAAAAAUAUGUCUGAGAGGAACCACCUGGAAAAUUACUGCUACCACACAUUUUGGCCUGACAGAGAGAAAGUGAGUGAAACUUUCAAACCUUUGGUAGAUGCUUUUUACUCCACCAUUGCUCAGCAAUCCAUUGCUCCAGAGCUCUUCAAUGAUGGCAAACAUUGGUGCUCAAUGAAUAACACCAUAUUUUUGCAUCAGAGUAUUGAGGAGGAUGAAAAUGUCGGUGUACUUGCAAUGGAGGUGUGUCUAAGACAUGUAAAAGCACCCAUCCAUGUUGUCCCUCUUCCUCUGUGGUUGAGAAAUAGCUUCAAACAGGCUGGCUUGGGACAUGUUUUACAGAGCAGAACAUGGAACUGGGAACAUUUUUACCAAGAAGUAGUAUUUAGCACUCUGGCCACCAUGGACCCCAAAAGUAGAGAUGCUCUUGUGCUGCACGCUAUUGACCUUAAUAUCAGUGAAAUUGACCAUCUGCUCAUGCACUUUCCCUGCAUCCCCACACAGGGUGGAGAGCUUCAGUACAUCAAGAAACUUGUGAAUCCAUCAGGAAAAGUUGCCUGUCUGUUUGAACAAGAAAAGGGACGCUUGCUUGGGGGAACAAAAGAAGACUUUUGUUCCCCUAAAAGGAUUCACCGUUUGUUGGAACUUGGAAUGCUGAAUGACCAUCUUCCAUUGGAAGAAAUCACAGAGAGAGCUGGCACAAUCACCCGAAUUUGGGGCACUGAUAAAGGAAAAGCAUAUGGGUUUUUGAAGUGCAUCCUUGAACUCAUGAAGAGUCCCCAGCAUGAUGAACAUUCUAUUCACUGGAAAUCAUUGAAAAACACUGCAUUCAUACCAGCAUUUUCCCCAGGCCAUACCAAGAUGGAUCCAAUGGUGAAACUUUGGAGGCCCACUGAAGUUUUUAGUGACAAGUAUUGUCUCCUUGUUAACAUGACACAGCCUGUUAUGGAUCAUUCAAAUCUAAAAAUACACAAUGAUGAUCCAGUCUUAAAAAUUUUGGGGGUUCAUGAAAGUCCAAGCCCUGAGAUAGUGCUUCAACAGCUGCAAUUAGUGUCGAGGCAAUCUCAAUCUUGCAACAAAACCACACUUCAAAAAAUAGCCACUGAAUGCUACAGGUUUCUGGAUCAAUGGCUCUAUGACACAGGUGAUUCCACGCUCAUUUCAGAGAAGGCAAAUUCAUUCCCAUUCAUUCUUGUUGGUGACAGUUUUGUAAAUGUGAACACUGUGGCAGAAAAUGCACAAUUUGAAGCAAAGCCAUAUCUCCACGUGCUUCCAGUUCCCUUCAAUAAUUUCCACGUGCUCUGGAAAUGUGUUGGACUUGAAAAAAAAUUCACAAUCAAACAAUUUCUAACAGUUCUCCAGAAAUUGCACAGUAACCAUGGAAGCAACCCCCUUCCAAAGGAUGAUCUUGCAAUUUGCCUCACAAUUUUAACUUCAGGCUUAUUUGAAGACAAAGAGAAAGAAAUAAAGGACUGUCUUAUACCAAGUGAGCAUGGUGUUUUACAACCUGCAAGCAAGCUACAUUUCAAUGACAGCCCAUGGAUGCCAGUCACUUCAGGGGUCACUUUAUGCCAUGAGAAAAUCCCUCGUGUUGUAGCUUGUCAUUUCGGAAUCAAGACCACAAGACAUCAAACUCUGCAAAAUCAUCUAGUUGAGAGCCUCUCACCAUUUGCUUUUGAGUUUGAACAACGAGAGCAACUGCCUGUCCGAAUAAAAAACAUCAUUUCGGCCUAUCCUUCAAAGAAGGAUAUUCUUAAAGAACUUAUCCAAAAUGCUGAUGAUGCAGAGGCAACAGAAAUUCACUUUGUUUGGGACAAACGACAGCACAGUACACAAAAAACAUUUGGGAAGAAAUGGAACCACCUGCAGGGUCCGGCACUAUGUGUGUACAACAACAAGGUGUUUUCUGAUACAGAUCUGAAAGGGAUUCAGCAACUUGGAGAAGGUGGAAAGCACAACACUCCAGGGAAAACAGGAAAAUAUGGAGUUGGAUUCAACUCUGUUUACCAUCUGACUGACUGCCCUUCAAUCUUGACUGGAGAUGAAUUACUCUGCAUUUCUGAUCCCAAUCAAAAAUACAUUGAAAGCUACUCAGACAAACCACAAAAUGGCUGUGGUUAUAGACUAGCUAAUGAUUUUAAGGAGAUGUACAUUGAUGUCUACAAAUCAUUUCUUCCAGAUAAAUUUUCUCUGAAGGUGGGCACAAUGUUCAGAUUACCUCUGAGGACAGAUAGCAUGGCAAAAGCUCCAAAAUAUCAAACCAGGUAGUCAGUGACAGUGAUAUAGAAGAACUGUGUACAGCACUGCUUGAUGACCCUGAAGGAUUGAUUUUAUUCCUGAAAAACAUC